CUUAAAGGAGUUAUAUACCGCCCCUGUUGUACAAGCAGUAGUUAAAUCGCUUUAAACUGUCAAGCGUUAAUACAUUGCGGUUUGGGGCAAGUUAGUCGUGUGUUUGUAUAUAAAGACUAAAUAAAUUCAUUAAAAAAAAAUUAAUGGGAUCGGCGGAUGGCUGUUAGAAAUGUUAGACGAACCAAAAAGAGCACAACUUAUCCCAAAGUUUUGGGAUCGAUUUAAUUAGAUUAAUUAUACGUAAUCGUAAGAAAUAGGUAUAAAAUAUAUCUUACGGCAACGAAAGUAAAAAUGGACGAUCAUAUAAACCAUGGAGACUCAAAGGAGGUUUCACAGACAGAUUCCAGAGCCCCCAAUGAAUCCGCCGUGUCAUUGCGAAGGAUGUCCAAACAGCAAAUAUUCACACUUAUAUCGAUGGCUUCUGUAAAUUUCAGCUCGAUGAUAUGCUAUUCAAUCUUAGGACCAUUUUUCCCCAACGAGGCGAAGAAAAAAGGAGUGAGUCAGACUAUUAUUGGCCUUAUAUUUGGCUGCUACGCAAUAUUCAAUCUGACAGCAUCUCUAAUCUUGGGUAAAUAUAUUGUACAAAUUGGACCAAAAUUCAUGCUAAUUUCAGGGCUGUUUGUCUCCUCAGUAUGCACUAUUCUCUUUGGUUUGCUUGACAGGUGCCCUGGAAUGAUAGACUUCAUUGUGUUGUGCUUCAUCGUGAGGUCUAUAGACGCAGUGGGAUUUUCUGCUGCCAUGACAUCAUCUUUUGCUAUCAUCGCGAAAGUGUUUCCUAACAAUAUAGCGACUGUUGUGGGCAGCUUGGAGAUCUUUACUGGCCUUGGUCUGAUUAUUGGACCUCCAAUGGGUGGCAUCUUGUACGAGUCGUUUGGAUAUGAAGUUCCUUUUAUUAUUUUGGGAUGCUUUGUGCUUCUCAUGGUCCCAUUCAACAUCUUGGUUUUACCAAACCUUAGUGCCUCUCCCACUGGUGGUUCGCUUAUCCAGCUGUUUGCCCACCCCAAAAUAGUUCUGUUGUGUUUCGUUGUGUUCACGUUGAGCUCAGGUCUGGCUUUCAUUGAUGCAACUUUGGCCAUAUUUGCCACAGAGAAGUUUCAGCUCUCUGCUGGUUUCGUCGGCCUCCUAUUGAUUGGCGUAUCCCUGCCCUACUGCCUUUCCUCGCCUUUACUUGGGUUUGCCAGUGACAAGUAUCCCUCCUUAAGGAAGUGGCUGGUGGUCAUGGGAGGCAUUGGUACCGCAGCUGGAUUUUGUUUGCUGGGACCGACCCCUAUUUUCCACAUCUCCCAUCAGCUGUGGCUGUUCGUCUUCAUGCUGACCAUCAUUGGCUUUUCUCUGGGCAUGACCGGCAUCCCUGUCUUCCCUGAGAUAAUCACCUGCGCAUAUGAGAAUGGUUUUGAGGAGGGUUUGAGCACUUUGGGGCUGGUAUCUGGAUUGUUUGGAGCAGUGUGGUCUUCUGGCAUGUUUUUUGGCCCGACAUUUGGAGGUUUCAUAACCCAGACACUGAGCUUUGAGUGGGCUUCAGCCAUCGAGGGAGCAAUUGGAUUUCUUUCUUCAUUUCUUCUGGGCACAUAUUUCUUCUAUGAAGUAAGAUGGAAAAACAGGUUGCCUCAAGCUGCCCCGAGGCGGGUCCCUGCUGGAGAGAGGGAUCCUCUGCUGGGGGAUUCUUUGGCUGAUCAUUUGGAGGUUUUGUAGCAAAGAAUCUGAAUUUUGGGUGGGCUUCAGCCAUUGAAGGACAUUUUCUUUCUUGCUGUAAGUAUAUAUUUGCUGAUUUGAUUGUUAUUCCUGGUUUUUGGUGAAUUUGUAUGUUUCAUAGAAGCGCCUAUGUAUGACAAGUUUCUUUAAAAAAAUGUUUAAUGUUAAAACUUAAUCUUCACCCAGCAGCUGAAUACUUCUAAGACCUCUUCUUAUCUAGGGAAGUUCUUCAAGAUAAAAUAAAAUGGACUUAUAACCAGCCAAAGGCAGAGAUUAGACCAGGUUAACUUUAACAAUAGGACAUGUAUAUUUCAUUGAAUGCCUACGGCAUUGUAACUUGCACUCCUGUUGGACAAAAUGUAUCGCUGUCAGUGAGUUCAUUUGACUGCCAUGUGGUUCAGUUAAUUGGGUAUCUGAUCGUAUCCCUGUCUAAGGGCCUCAAACAGUUGGACAUGCAGCCGCUGGAGAGUGAGAUCUUCUUCUGAUUCGGACUCCACACGGUGUUCUAGAACCCCAACAGACAAGGGGAAUGAUUUUCACUAAGUGUAGAAUAUCCAGGCAUUUAAAUAACAUUGUCCUUUUUCAUGCCAUGUGUGUAUGUGUUUGUUUUUUUUAAAUAACCACUUUGUAAUACUAAGACCAUUAUUUAUAAUGUUUGUUUUAUAUGUUAAAAGUGCAAUGAUGAUGUAACUUCAUUUAAGUACUGUAGCAAAAAGUGUUUUCUAGAAGGUGUUUUUUUUUAACGUUUAUAAUUUAUUUGAACAUGACUACUUUUUUUUUCCUGGCACAGCACAGACAUUCUGGGAGGCUCUGGAUGCCACUUGUAUAAUCGGCAACUAUUCAUAUCCAAGUUUACAUAAAGUAAACUAGAAUACAAUGUGUAAACUUUUCACAUAUGCAUUGUUGGUGCAAUGACUUGCAUUGUGUUUUUGCAGAAUACCGCAUUGGCCUCAGUAGUAGUUAUAGUACUAUGAAUCAUUGACUGAAGACUUUGUAAUAUGUGAAACUUUAAAAUAAUAUUGUAUAUGUAAUAUGUGAAACUUGUGCAACCUUCUGACUAUUGUCAUCUUUGCAUUUAUGACAUAGGCAGUUCUGUUGAUUUAAAAUAAAUUAUAGAUAUGUGUAUCUGUUUUAUAAUGGGUUAUUAGUCUAUUUUAAUUGCCUUAUUUGAAAUAAAGAUUGUAGGAAAACAAGAA